GGUUCGAGUUGCUGCCAGUGGAGAACAACUGUAGUGCUGUGCCUAGCGCUGCUCCAUCCUUGUUGAUGGAAAGAUGGGUCGAAAGAAGAAUAAACAGAAUGAUGAGAUGCAACAGGCCCCGCCUGUCGCCGCAGAGGAACCCAGGCAAGGUAAGGAGCGCGACAAGUAUGAUUCUUCCUCAGAACCGGAGAUGGAACCAAAGCACCAUGAUCUUGAUCCAGAUAUCCAACAGCUUGCGUACACGUUCAAAAUCGAUGCCGGCCUGACGCAGAAACUGAACGACAUCAUGAUCGAGAAGAGGAUGAAUACGUGGGAGCAAGAUCUGGAGCGACUUUAUGAAAUUCUAAAGGACGCUCACACCCCAGCGGCAAUGCUCAACUUGAAAGUGAAAGACAUGCAGAAGGGCACCUUUGUUGGAAAGGCCAAGUGUGGUCCGAGAGUCCGGGAUCUUGCAAGAAGGCACAAGCUCGACAAGGGAGCCGCGACAAAGCUGGAAGAGGCCAUGUCGAUGAGAGAGGCAAUGGGCAAAGAUGUCGAAAAGGACAUUGUUUUGUUGGAUGAGCAUUUGACAGCCUCGAACAAACCUUCCGCAUUAAUCAGCAUGAAGCUUGAUAGCCUGCGGAAAGGCUACAACAUCGGCCAUUGCAUAUACAGCCGCGAGCCAGUCAUGGGUAAUACGGGCCCUGGUGUAGAUGGAGUGGUGGACAAAAAACGCCAGGUUAAAGUGCUCGGCUACACUGAUGCGGAUUUGAGCAGUCGAUUUGCAUCAUCAGAUGGCAAAUCUGAACAGCUCAUGGAUGAAGCGACAGUGCGAAAGCUCAUGGCUGCUGAAAAGAGCCGAGUUUUGGGAAGCCGUGAAAAGAAUGAAAAGGGCGUCAAAACAGGCAAAGAGAAGGAACAAAGACCUCAGAAGGAGUCCAAAGAGAAAGAACCAAAAAGUCGGAGCAGACGCGUCAGACGGAGCAGCAGUAGCACGCGAAGCCGUCGGAAGCGUCGAAGGAGCAGUUCCAGCUCGCGAAGGCGAAGCUCCAGCUCUCAAAGCAGAGCCAGAAGAAGGAAGGAUAGAAAAGCAAAAGAACAAAAAGAAAAAGAACAAAACCCAGAGAAAAAAAAGGAUAAAAAAGAAGACCGAAAAGCAAAAGGUCAAGAGGAGAAAGACAAGGAUGAGGAUAAGAAAAACACAAUCAAAGACAAGGCGAAAGAAAAGGAGAAAGUGAAGGACAAGGAGAAGAAGAAGGACGCGUCUUGAAGAAACUGACACUUUUCCACAGCCGCUUCUUCGGUGUUUCACCAGGAACGAUCAGUGGUUGCGAUACGUGGCCAGCUGUUGUGAAAAUUUAAAGAUGCAGCGGUCUGUAGUGAUACAAAGUGAUACAGGUCCUUCAUGGUCCUUCAUGGUCCUUCAGCCUUCAGGUUAGCAACAGUAUGGUGCUCCCAGCGCCAGAGCAUCAGGCGUAGUGGACGACAGGUCAACAAAGUGCGGCAAAAAAA